AUGUGUGCGUAUAAGUACAAGUAUACUACAAUUGACGACGAGGAUAUGGCAACGGGUAGACACGGGAAGAUUAGCGAUUUUCAACCAGGAAUCGACAGUGUUGAAGACUACAAAGAGAGGUUUCUACUCUACUGUGUAGCAAAUGACAUUUCGACGAACAGAGACAAGGGCGAGGCCGUUUUUCUUACAUGUAUCGGAGCUACAAUGUACAAUUUGUUGAAGAAUCUAGUCCGUCCGCAAAAGCCGCAAGACCUGAGUCUGGACGAAAUGCUCGAAGCACUACAGAAGCACUAUCAACCACGCAUAGUCGUGAUCGCAGAGCGCUAUCGUUUUUACAAGGGACAACAAAGGGAAGGAGAGUCGAUUGCGGUGUACCAGUCAGAAUUGCGCAGGUUAGCAAAGGAUUGUCAGUUUGGUGAUUCUUUGAGUACAGUUUUCCGCGAUCAGCUCGUCUGUGGUCUGUUUUCUGAGGCAUUGCAACAAAAGAUACUAGCGGAGGCUGACGUCACCCUCGCAAGGGCUGUAGAGGUGGCUCAAGCCUUCGAGACAGCGACUCAGGAGACGCGUUUGUUACGUAGUGGUCCUGCUAUUCAGCCGCCAAGGAGGCCGAUUAUGCAGCAAUCAGAGACCACACAUGCUGUGAGGAAGGAAGCGACAGAUGUUUCUUUUCAGAGGAAGUGGCCUGCACAAGACCUCAAGGAAUGUUAUCGUUGCGGAGGUACUGGUCAUCAUCCAGCGAACUGCAGGUUCAAAACUCAAUCCUGCCAUCAUUGCAAGGGAGUAGGUCACAUUGCCAGAAUGUGCCGCAAGAAAUGGAGAGACGAGAGCACAAAGGCAGCAGCCGCGCCGUCAGCCACGCCUUCUAAGCAGAAAGAAAAACCCCGCAGUACUCAUCAGAUCGAUCAAGAGGAAGUGGGUAUAUUGUUUUCGCUCACAAGCAAAGGCGGAGUGAACGUAAAAAUGAACAUAGCGGGAAGUGACGUUGAUAUGGAGGUGGACACGGAAGCGACGUUAUCACCGAGUGCUGUGCGUCUGCAAAAGUACAGUGGCGAGUCCUUAGAAGUACGAGGAGAAGCAGAUGUUCCAGUGAGCAACAAGCCUGCAAUUCUUGGAAGGAGCUGGUUGCAGGUGAUUCACAUGGAUUGGAGUUCAUUGUUUCAAGUCCAGGGAGAGAAACGUCUUAGUCUAGUUGAGCGGUUUCCUGCACUAUUUGGUCCAGGAGUCGGUACCUGGGAGGGACGUCAAGUCAGGAUUACACUUAAGGAGGGAGCUCAAACGAAGUUCUAUAGACCCCGUCCUGUACCGUACGCGUUACAAGAGAAAGUGGACAGUGAGCUGUCACGGUUGCAAAACGAGGGCAUACUGAGACCUGUGGAAAGCAGUCAUUGGGCUACGCCCAUAGUAGUGGUCGGGAAGGCAGAUGGGACUGUGCGUCUGUGUGGAGAUUACAAGGUGACAAUUAAUCCUUAUUUAGAGAGCAAUCCAUACCCUAUGCCUAAUCCGGAAGAUCGUUUUGCCACAUUAGCAGGAGGAGCUAUAUUUUCAAGGCUGUAUAUGAGACAUGCUUACCAACAGUUGCAAGUGGAGCUAGACAGCCAAGAAUAUCUGACCGUGAAUACCAGUAAGGGGCAGUUUGCUUACACUCGAAUGCCGUUUGGAAUCAGCACAGCACCCAGCAUCUGGCAGAGAGAAAUGAAUAGGAUCUUGGCAGGAGUUGCCGGAACAGUAUGCUACAUAGAUCAUAAGGGCGGGUCUAAAGCUCAAACGAGAAAAAAAUGUGAAUUCAACAAGUCACAAGUUGAAUAUCUAGGCCAUGUUAUCAGCAGCAGAGGCAUUCAACCGUCAGAGAGCAAGAUGGAAGCAAUUCGAGAUGCACCACCACCGACACAUGUUACUGAAUUGAAGGCAUUCUUGGGUCUUCUCAGUUACUAUAGGAAGUUCCUGCCUAAUCUGAGUUCAGUAUUGGAACCAUUAUAUGAGUUGUUGCAGAAACAGAGACAGUGGUCUUGGGGAACAAGACAGAUGAAAGCAUUUUUGGAAGCGAAACAGAAGCUGUUGCAGUCUGAUUUCUUAGUACACUACGACUUAAAGAAGCCUGUCAUUCUAUGCUGCGAUGCAUCACCAGCAGGAGUUGGAGCUUGCCUAUUACGUGUCAUGGCAGAUGGAGCAGAAAGACCGAUAGCUUUCGCGUCUAAAACUCUUUCUCAAGAGGAAGGAAAAUAUGCACAGUUGGAGAAAGGGGCACCGGCUCUUAUCUUUGGGGUGAGACAGUUUCACAAAUAUUUAGUUGGGGGACAGUUCACUUUAGUGACUGACCAUCGUCCAUUACUACGGAUCUUAGGACCACAUGUUGGAGUCCCAACCUUGGCAGCAGCACGUUUGCAGCGCUGGGCUCUUAUUUUGAGUGCAUAUGAUUAUGAAAUCCAGUGUAAGCCAGGAGUUGAGAAUAAGGAAGCUGAUUUGCUAUCCAGAUUACCCAUUCCAGUAGAAGUCAUUGACCCAAAUGAGCAGACGUUUAAUGUGGAUUACUGUGAGGCAUUACCAGUCACUGCAGCAGAGAUUGCAAAAGAACGCAGAGAGAUCGAAUUCUAA